AUGUACAGUACCGGACUAGAAACUGGUAACAACACUACUGUUGACCAUGAUGAUGCAACCUGGAUCUUGACAAAUGCAUUUACCAUUUUUACAAUGCAGUCAGGAUUCGGUCUCCUAGAAUCCGGGAUGGCUUCCACGAAAAAUGAGGCGAACAUCAUGGUAAAGAACGCUGUGGACGUUAUUUUUGGUGGAUUCUCGUAUUGGCUUUUUGGAUUUGCGUUCAGUUUCGGCAUCGUAGAGCGACGGAAUCCAUUUUGUGGAUUGGGUUAUUUCUUAACAGACGCAGAGGGAAGCAGAAUGGGUCAGGUGUAUUCCAAGUAUUUUUUCCAGCUUUCAUUCGCCACUACAGCGACCACCAUUGUUUCUGGUGCAAUGGCGGAAAGAAUCAAGCUCAAAGCCUACAUCUUGUACUCAUUCCUGAACACUCUGACAUACAGCUUCCCAGCACAUUGGAUUUGGGAUGAAAACGGUUUUCUCCAUACAAUGGGCGCAGUGGACAUUGCUGGGUGCAGUGCUGUGCAUUUGGUUGGCGGAGUAAGCGGUUUAGUGGCGACGAUGAUGCUAAAGCCACGAAGCGGGCGAUUCGACAAGACUUCUCCUCCAAAACAAAUGGCUUCACCGACAAAUGUGCUCUUAGGGACUUUCAUGCUGUGGUGGGGAUGGUUGGGCUUCAACUGCGGAAGUACAUUUGGGAUAACUGGCAUGAGAUGGAAGCUUGCUUCAAGGUAUUUUCAAGACUUUUCUCAUUCUUCUAGUACCGCACAAAACUUUCCGAAUUUUAAGGUACAUAAUGUUUUGCUAGGCAUUUUCACCCUUCCCCUGAUUCCCCGCUUCUUCACACCUUUUUUUUUACGGUAUAAAGAGCCCUUUUUUUAAUCAUACUUCCACCUAUUGGUCAUCACACUUGCAAGAGGUUUUAGAGUCCUUCAGCUGUUACCUAUCUACAGCGAGAUCUCUCCUGAACUUGUUAAAACGUCUGCUCUUCUAGCAACCGAAAUACGCGGAUCGUAUAAAUCAAGUCUCUUAAAGUAUAACUUAUCACGUUUUGUGUGUUACAUAUACAUUUUCCUGGAGAUAAUUUAUGUGGUUUUAUUUUGCAGAAUACGCACUAACACGUAUUGUGAAGUAUUUUGAACUAUUUCAAUCUUAACGGUUAAUUAAAUCUGCCUUAUUUUUUUCUAGUUAGUGUUUGUUUCUUUAUUAGUGGCUCAAGGCCAGUCAUGCAGGAUUUCGUCAACAUGGCUGUUUUCCUGCUUUGGCCUUUUGAGUGUUCUCAUACUUGAAAUUGAUGCUUAGCUCGCAAAUUUCUAGCCGAUCGCAGCCGUGCAGGUUCAGUUAUACCAAAACAUUACCCACACCGAGUUUGCCUCUUUUUCAUUCUUGCGGUCAGCUAACCCAAACUUUACACAUUUUUACCAGAAAAAAGAAAAGAAUACAAUGAUGUAAAAGAACACUCUUGGUAUAUCUUCAGUUCUUGAUUAGUGAGAGAGUUUUGUAGUAUUUUAUUCCAGUUAAGCUAGUUACUUCAUCCUUUUAAUAAUAUAUAUAUAUUUGAAUUUUCGUUCUUUAUUUCCUUUUUAUACCAGUUUUGUUUCUGAUGGUAACCUUCCUCUUAGUGAUGAGCAAGUAUUGAAUAGGGAAGGGGAAAGAGCAAUAUCAAAUAAUUCAAUUUACGUAAAAACUUGUUUGCACUAGGUCAGCGGUCUUGACGAUAAACGGAGCUAUUGGAGGUGGAAUUGUUGGAACCGCCUACAGGUACGUGGGAAGUUCCUCCCAAAGCUCACAGAUAUGUCCAGGAUCGAUAGCUAGAAAAAGUUUUAUUUUCAUUUUUCUUUUAGCCCCUGAAGGAGGUUUGUUUUCAAACCGAAAUAUUGGGCAGUUUGUUUAAAUAUAUUUUUUGUUUUAUUCUUUUGUUUACUUCUUCAUCGCCUUGCCGUAAGGAUCAGUUUGCCGUUUCACAUUUUUCUACAAGGUUAAUUGUACUGAUCCAGGUCUACAACUGGCAGGUCUGGCACCACUCAUUGGUUUGUUGCUGUGGACUUGCUGACAUUUUAUAUAUUUUCGAUAGCUAGACCCUAUCAUAAAGUGUCAUCAUUAAAUUACCUUUUGCUUCAAAUUGGUCCAAAGUAAUUCAGUGUCAAUGAAAAACUGUCCAGUCACAGUGCACGUGAAAAUCGGCGCACGCGAGGGGAAGCAAGGCACGUAUUUUAAGUGCUCUCGCGUUUUUUCUCGCUUAACUAUCCCUGAAGAAAGUGAGGGACUAUUCGUAGUCUAGGCCCAGUGGGGGAGUAAGGGGAAGGGGGGGAGGGGGGCGGAAGGCGGUUUGUGGAUUUCAAGUGACGGGGAUGAUCGAAGGAUUAUCUUUUAUAUCUGAAAUUUUCGAAUCCGGAAUUUUUCUCUCCCCAAUCCGCCUCCCUUUUUCCCUUCCUCCCAAUCCCCAAACUCUUUCGACGCCUGCUACGUAGGCUAAUUUCUAUUUUCGUGUUAUAUCAUUUAAUACUAUAUGGAGAUUUUUAAGGUUCGGAAAUUCAACAUGGUAAAUUUUUUUUGGUCAACUUUUGGUCCAGGGAUUUUUUUAUGGGUUUUGUUAAAAACCCUAGGGAUUUUUAACAAAUAUGUUCCAUAAAACUGAAUAAAUAUUUGUUCGAGAUACCUACGUUUCCAAAACUUUUAUUCUUAUACGAUGUUUUAUUAAGUUUUAUCCACUCAUUUAUUUGAUUGAGGAUACUCGCAGUUGCCUGUUUUCUUGCAUGAUUGGUUGUAAGGCUAGUUUCAAUUGUUUGUACUCUUUAGUUACGUUGUCUACAAAAACAAAUUGGACAUACCUUGCUUCGUCACUGGAAUCAUAUCAGGUCUCGUGUCCAUCACCGGUUAGUGAGUAAAUAAGAACUGAUAUACUUUAGAAAUUAACUGAGUAAGUCCUUUUUUACUGUCUACUGAUAAAGAUGAUUUUCUUAAAUUGUGUAAUGACUAGAGAUAUACAUUAUCGACAACCUCUUAAAAGGAAAUUGGUUGGGUUAAUGACUGUGUAUAACCUGAGGCGCUUGUACUGGGUUUUAAAACUCACGCACUCUGAAAAUUUUUCAAAUGGCUCGUAGUUCAUCCAAAAGAUUGCUAAUCAUACUAGCUAUUACUCCCUACCCUCCCACUACUUAACCCCCACCCACUGCUCCCUCCCUCCCUACUACUACUCCUUGCCGUCUAUUAACAUCCCUUCCCACUACUCCCCCUCUAUUUACCCAAAAUAAAGAAUCACGCUUGUGAUAAGAGCUACACUCAAACAAGUACCUUACUUUGUCAAAAAGGGAAAUACACUUUAUUCUACGUACGUUUAUUUGUAAACCAGUUUGCUCUGAAGACUUUCCAUAGCUUUCAUCUCAACAAACGUCCUGUUAAACAUGCUUUAGUCAUUAUGCUUUUUAUGAGUAAUAAGUAUAGUUUUGCCUGGGCCUUUUGUUGUCUUCAAUUUGCUACUACUUUGCAGUUUUCCCGACGUUGCUAUACCAUUUUCCUUCAAGAACACGAAGACUGCAAAAAACUGGAAACCUGGGGGGCUUCUCUUGCACGAGCAGUGCAAGAGUUCUUGUUCAGAGGGAAAAUCACACGACAAUCAAUCGUUUUUGGCUUCAUGAGAUACCAAAUUUUUAAAGAUAAAGUAAUCCGCUCCCACUCCCACUUUGAGCACGAGAGCGGAUGACACCAUUUUGAUACUCGCCUGCAAUUAAGUCAUUGCCAAUGACCAUCAAAGCCAAAGGGAGCUAGUAAAUUGUAUAAUCAUGGCCUGUUUUAACGAUAAGUGGUCGCCAUCUUGAAACUAAGGACGAAUAUCAAAGGUCUUUACAUUAAUUGAAGAUACUAAUAAAGCAAUGAAUCUGAUUUGAUGGUCUAAAAUUGAUCAACUUUUUGCUGAUUCAAUUUGAAGCAAUAUGCACUGUGGCUCGUCCUUGGGAAGGAAUCCUCAUUGGUGCAGUGGGUGCUCUAAUAGCAUGUCCUGGAUGGUCUCUUCUUGAUCGACUCCGAAUCGAUGACCCUGUUGGCUGUGUUCCAAUCCACCUCUUUGCUUCAGUCUGGGGGCUCUUGGCUGUUGGCCUGUUUGCUGAGAAAGAUAUUGUCGAUGACAAUCUUUCUAAGGAGUUCCAGGCGUUUCGAGUCGGGAUCUUUAAGGGUGGUCCUUGGAGUUUUUUGGGAGUACAGGCACUUGCGAUUGUAGCUGUUUCCGUAUGGACUGCAAUUGUUACUUUUCUUGAACUACUAUUGGUCGAUAAGCUGGUUGGAAUGCGCGUAUCCCCACAGGAAGAACUACUGGGCGCUGACAUCGUUCAACAUGGAAUUGAACGAGGCUAUAGUCAACCCGUUUGUUUGUGUGUGUCAGGCAAUUCUCCCAUCAACCAAAAGGGUCCGGAAACGAUUUCUUGUGAAUCAGAGAGACACUUUCAACGCCUGCCGACACCUCGAUCACCUUCAGGUUCUUUUUCCUUCCCAGUCCACCACCGUGUAAUUCUAUUGGAUACUAUGGCUGAGCGACAGUCAGGAGGCUUUUGUACUGUUGACAUAGUACAUUGAGCCAAACCAGUCAUUAGGCAGCCUUAAUUGCUCACUUGCCUGAGUAAGCCUUCUCAAGACGGACGCGUUAACAGUGUGAUGUGUUGACUUGUGCUUGAAAAAGUGUUUAAAUGGCUGUGAAGUAAAGACUUCAGAAUGCUGACUGCCGGCACCAUGUCAUCUUAAAGAUGUCGGAAGAAAUCAGAUCCAUGUUAUUUGUUUUAUUGUUUUUAAUAUAGUUUGUAGGAUAAGCAAACAACGCGUCUUACCUUUUUUGCAACAAUAUGGAACGAGUGUGCAUCGGCAAUUUUCGUGGUAGAUUUAGGUGACUAA